UGAGCCUCGGAUGAGUGCGCGACGUACCUGGUCCACCGAGCCGCGGACGCUGUCAACCGCCCACAAAGUAGCACUUUAACUAAAGAAAACAAAGAAACGCGCACAUUUAAAGUGAGUUUUUUGUUUAUUUUUGUAAAGAAACAAACAGGAUUUAAUAAAGUGAACUGCGAGACGCGAGCGGAGCCCCGCGCGCGUCACACCGAGGAAGAUGGAUUAAAAUUUAACGGGGACGAUCACGGAAUAAACCCAGGAAGGAGUGAAGGAGAGCCGGCGGGAAUGGCGUGAUUUCUCACCCCGUGGAGAGAGUGAGACACGCGACUGUCAAGAGGCACUCAUGGUUCCGUGGAAGAGAAAGAAAGUUCGCUGCGCGUCACCCGGAUACAACUCGACUUUCUGAGCGGCGCCGCGACUCCUCAGCCGCUUUUUUAAAUAGUUUUUUUAUUCGUCUUCUAGAAACUGUUCACGAUGUCCAACCCCGCGCUGAAGAAGAACCACUGGACCUUCAGGGUCAGCGAGUGCUCCGUGUCCAGAGGCGCCCGCGGCGGAGACGCGUACGUGCCGCUGCGCGGCGGCGCGGAGAACGGGGAGUUCGCCUACAUCGGGCGCGUUGACGAGGAGGUCGCGGUGGGGAAUUUAAACGAGGGAGAGCUGCUGCUGGAGGUGGAGAAUCUCUCCAUCUCGGGAUUACCGUUGUACGACGUGCAGACCGUGAUCAGGAACUGCAGAGGUCCCGUCAAGUUGAAGACUGUCAGGCAAGGGAGCAAGCUGAACAAGGACCUGAAGCAUUACCUGAGCCAGCGCUUCCAGAAGUCGUCGCCCGACCACGAGCUGCAGCAGACCAUCCGGGACAACCUGUACCGCCACGCCGUGCCUUGUACGACCCGUGCCCCUCGUGACGGAGAAGUUCCCGGCGUGGACUACAACUUCCUCUCGGUGGAGGACUUCCUGAAGUUGGAGCAGAGCGGCACGCUGCUGGAGAUCGGAACGUAUGACGGAAACUAUUAUGGGACGCCCAAGCCCCCGGUGCAGCCCCCCCCCCCCAGCGGGACAGUGAUUCCCAGCAGCGGUCGCCGCGGUGAUGCCCCACGGGCCGACGGGCUCAGCCUGCCGGACUCGCAGAACUCCACUCCCCGACGCGGCACCUUCUACAAUGACAUGCGCCAUGCUGGAAUAGGACCCGCCGAGCAGCAGGAGGACGACGAGGACCUCCCGGACAUGAACAGCAGCUUUACAGGAGAUUCUAGUGAAGUAGACGAGACCCCCCACUCGGUGCACCCCUACGGCCCCCCCCCCGCGCGCAAGAGCGACCCGCCCUACGUCGGCAGGACCCCCUCGCCGUCGGCCACCACGGAGAGCACGGAGCAGUCGCACCCUUACCUGAGCCAUCCUCCCCCGGAGGAUCCUCUGGGAACUCUGCCCGACAACUGGGAGAUGGCCUUCACCGAGAACGGAGAGGUCUACUUCAUCGACCACAACACAAAGACCACCUCCUGGAUCGACCCCCGGUGCCUGGAGAAGCCUCAGAAGCCCCUGGAAGAAUGUGAAGACGACGAAGGGGUCCACACGGAGGAGCUGGACAACGACCUCGAACUUCCUCAAGGAUGGGAGAAGAUCGACGAUCCGGUGUACGGGGUCUACUACGUGGAUCACUUCAACAGGAAGACCCAGUAUGAGAACCCCAUGCUGGAGGCCAAGCGGCGCCGGCAGCCGGAGCCUCCGGGCCAGCAGCAGCCACCCGAAGAGUGGAUCGAGGACUCGCCGCUCGCGGGGGCGCCGCUGGCGAGCUACGCUGCCAACCACCAGGAGACGUACCGGGACCCCCAGAGAGGACCCCCGAUGCCCAACGCCAUGGGGCAGAAACGAGGGAAGCCGUUCUUCACCCGGAACCGGUCCGAGCUCAACGGGACCUUCAUCAACACCAAGCUGAAGAAGAGCCGCCGGGGGUUCGGCUUCACGGUCGUUGGCGGCGACGAGCCGGACGAGUUCCUGCAGAUCAAGAGCCUGGUGCUGGACGGGCCGGCGGCGCUGGACGGCAAGAUGGAGACCGGCGACGUGAUCGUGAGCGUCAACGACACGUGCGUGCUGGGCUACACGCACGCCCAGGUGGUGAAGAUCUUCCAGUCCAUCCCCAUCGGCUCCAUGGUCAACCUGGAGCUGUGCCGCGGCUACCCGCUGCCCUUCGACCCCGACGACCCCAACACCAGCAUGGUCACCUCGGUGGCCAUCACGGACAACAAGGACCCGAUCAUCGUCAACGGCCAGGCGGCGGCCGGCAGCUACGGCUCGCCGUCCGGCGGCCACAGCGGCGGGGCGCCGCUCAACGGCCUCCCGCGGGCCUACAGCCCGUCGGCGGAGCCGGACGGCGACUCCGCCUCCUCCUCCCAGCACGGCGGCUACCCCAGCGACGUGGUCACGCUGGCGUCCUCCAUCGCCACGCAGCCCGAGCUCAUCACCGUGCACAUGGAGAAGGGCGACAAGGGCUUCGGCUUCACCAUCGCCGACAGCCCCGGCGGCGGCGGGCAGCGCGUGAAGCAGAUCGUGGAUUACCCGCGCUGCCGCGGCCUCAAGGAGGCCGACAUCAUCGUGGAGGUCAACAAGAGGAACGUGCAGAGCAUGUCGCACAACCAGGUGGUCGACAUGCUCAGCAAGUGCCCCAAAGGCAGCGAGGUCACCAUGCUGGUGCAGAGAGGAGUGGUCCCUGCAAAGAAGAGCCCGAAACUGGAUGGUUUUGAACGAGCUCCACCGUACGGAGAUUACAGCAGGAGGCAGCUGUCGAGGAAGGACAGCCAGAACAGCUCCCAGCACAGCGUCUCCAGCCACCGGAGCAACCACGCCGACUCGCCCUUGCACCCGUCCCUGGCUCCGCCCCUCAGCGAGAGCGCCGCCCCUCCCCCGCCGGCGCCCUCCCAGCCGCUGCCCGGCCUGCCCCCCCAGGACUCCCCGGCGGCGGACGGCACCAUCCAAAGAAAACCGGACCCCUUUAAGAUCUGGGCCCAGUCCAGGAGCAUGUAUGAAAGUAGGCUUCCAGACUUCCAAGAGCAGGACAUCUUCCUGUGGAGGAAGGACACGGGCUUCGGCUUCAGGAUCCUGGGCGGGAACGAGCCCGGAGAGCCGAUCUACAUCGGCCACAUCGUGAAGUUCGGCGCGGCGGACGAGGACGGCCGCCUGCGCUCCGGCGACGAGCUGAUCAGCGUGGACGGCACGGCGGUGGUGGGCAAGUCGCACCAGCUGGUGGUGCAGCUGAUGCAGCAGGCGGCCAAGCAGGGCCACGUCAACCUGACGGUGCGCCGCAAGGCCACCUACGCCGUGAAAGCCGAGGGCGACGUGCCCCCGUCGCCGGCCUCCUCCCACCACAGCAGCACCCAGGCGCCCAGCCUGACGGAGGAGAUGGGGAAGCGCACGCCGCAGGGCAGCCAGAACUCCCUCAACACCGUCAGCUCCGGCAGCGGCUCCACCUCCGGCAUCGGCAGCGGCGGGGGAGGGGGAGGAGGAGGAGGAGGAGGAGGGGCGGGCGCCAGCGGGAACGCCGCCUCGGCGAUCGUCGCCGCCUCAGCCGCCGCCGUCGUCUCCUCCUCUCAGCCCCCCGGCGCCCCGCCCGGCGCCCCGCCCCCCCCCGCCUCCUCCUCCGCCUCCUUCAACCCCUACGACGUGGAGAUCCGCCGCGGCGAGAGCGAAGGGUUCGGCUUCGUCAUCGUGUCGUCGGUGUCGCGGCCCGAAGCCGGCACCACCUUCGCUGGCAAUGCAUGUGUGGCCAUGCCCCACAAAAUAGGGCGCAUCAUCGAGGGCAGCCCGGCGGACCGCUGCGGGAGGCUGAAGGUGGGCGACCGCAUCCUGGCCGUCAACGGCGUCUCCAUCACCAACAAGUCGCACUCCGACAUCGUGAACCUCAUCAAGGAGGCCGGCAACACCGUCACGCUGCGCAUCGUCCCCGGAGACGAGUCAUCGAAUGCGUCUCUGUUGACCAACGCGGAGAAGAUCGCCACCAUCACCACCACCCACACGACUCAGCAGCAGCAGGCCGCGCCCGAGGCCAGGAACAACACCAAACCAAAACAGGAGUCGUAUGAAUUCAAAGCGCCGCCGGGCCCGCCCCCUCAACCCCCGACACAAGUCUCCGCUCAGGACUCUGAGUUCUACUCCGUGGACCUGGACCGGGACAACAAAGGCUUCGGCUUCAGCCUGCGCGGCGGCCGCGAGUACAACAUGGACCUGUACGUGCUGCGGCUCGCCGAGGAGGGGGCGGCGGUCCGCAACGGGAAGAUGAGGGUCGGCGACGAGAUCCUGGAGAUCAACGGCGAGAGCACGAAGGGCAUGAAGCACGCCCGCGCCAUCGAGCUCAUCAAGAGCGGCGGCCGCCGCGUCCGCCUGGUGCUGAAGAGGGGCGACGGCUCGGUGCCGGAAUAUGGUGGGUCAAUCUACGAAAACAUCCCCUUCUCCCCCAUCUUCACGCCCUGAGCCACUGGGGGGGGGGGGGAGAACGAUAUCACCCUCCCGGGACCCUUCACCACAGCCCACCACCAGGGGGACGGGUUGGGGGGGCGGGGUCUCUUUCUGCUGGAGGUCACUACUGGGCUUUGGGAUCUUUUUCCGAGGUGGAGGUCGCCGUCACCUGCGCUCAUGGUCCCGUGUCAUCCCCCCUCCCCCGCCGUCACUUUUUUUUUUCCUUCUUCUUCCACCUCCCGGCCCCUGAGCCACAGCUCUCUGCAGGAAGCCGGCGUCUGAAGCCGGCGCUCCACGGAAAAAAAGCUGUUUUUUACGAGGUGCGAGCGACCAGAGUAGAGCGACGCCAUCGUUAAAUAUUCGGCGAAAGUUGAUUUCCUUUUGCGUCCCGUGAUAAAACGGGACCUCGCUCGCCGCUUUAGGACGCGGGAAAGUAUUUAUGGUAUUUAUUGGAGGUGAAUGUAAGCUACUGACGCGUGAGCGCCGCAUCGGGAAGACGAAAAGACAUCUCGCGAUCCCGUGCUUUCACGUUUACUCACACGGAUCAUUAUUUUGCACCCACACUGUUAGUGUCCUUGAGAAGCUGUGACGAUAGGAGCGCCGCCCAUCCCCCGCUCGGAGACUUACAAAAAAAGACGUGUUUUUUUGUACAGCGAUGAAAAUAGAGGCAUUUUUACAAGUAUUUUUGUUGCGUGUACAGAGCUGCGAUCACAGCCACAUAUUAACGGAUUUAAAGAAAGUCUAUUGCUGCAUGAACUUGUCAAAAGUGUACAUUUGAUUUUGUUGUUGUCUAUUUUCCAUAAUAUUUAUGGAAUUGUUUUUUUUAUUUUUUAUCAUACUGACCACUUCUGAUCGACAGUCACGAGUCAUCUUAAAUGUGUUUCUGUUACUUCUUUUUUUUCUCAGUGGAGUCUUGCAAAAGUUUGUCAAUGUAAUUUUAUUUUAUGUGAAACGUUGUGUAUAUUUUGGAUCGUUGUUUGUACUUUUUCUUUAGUUGGCACAACAUGUGACGGACUUGCCGGUGUUUUUUAUUUUGUAUUUUUUUAUUUUCUGUCAGCAAUGUGAAAGAAAGUGCUUCAUGAACUCUGUCGUUGUGGCCGUGAGUCUCACUGUCGCCAUGGUUUCUGGGUUUCUGCUGCUUCCCUGUCCACAUGUUUAGGUGUGUGAGUGUGUGUGUGUGUGUGCUUGGUUCUAGGACUUUUCUCUGUAUCUGAGGGGGGGUGGGGUUCCACUGAAGGGUUUGGGGCAAUUUCCUGGACUGUCUCUUUAUUCUGAAUGACUCAAUGAUCAAAAUAAACAACUUUUUUUUUCAUUGAAAAACA